UUUAGUCAAGUCAAUAAUAUUCCUCGAACUUCGCGAAGCACGUAACCCACAUACGUGCAGACGGCGUAACGUCAAAUAUUCUCCGCAGUGCGCGUUGAGAAAGUCAACAGUUAUCUGCGAUUGCGCAGUAGAAAAGGAAAAGAAAGUGUGGGUACCAAGGAUGGCAGCGGCAAACGAAACCGGAAUGGAGGUUGACCCUUCAGUUCCCAAUGUGAUGGCAUCUGGCGUUACUGGAAGUGUGUCUGUAGCAUUGCACCCAUUAGUUAUUCUCAACAUUUCAGACCAUUGGAUACGUAUGCGUUCUCAGGAAGGAAGACCAACACAAGUCAUUGGAGCCUUGAUUGGCAAACAGGAGGGUCGAAACAUCGAGGUGAUGAACUCCUUUGAGCUGCUAUCUCACACUGUAGAGGAAAAAAUUGUUAUUGACAAGGAAUACUACUACACAAAGGAAGAGCAAUUUAAGCAGGUGUUUAAGGAGUUGGAGUUCCUUGGCUGGUAUACCACUGGAGGGCCCCCAGAUCCAUCAGAUAUUCAUGUUCAUAAGCAGGUGUGCGAGAUAAUCGAGAGCCCUCUCUUUCUGAAGCUGAAUCCUAUGACAAAGCACACAGAUCUUCCAGUCAGUGUGUUUGAAUCUGUGAUCGACAUCAUUAACGGUGAGGCAACAAUGUUGUUUGCUGAACUGACCUACACACUUGCUACAGAGGAGGCAGAGCGGAUUGGGGUCGAUCACGUGGCUCGUAUGACAGCUAUGGGCAGUGGAGAAAAUUCCACGGUGGCUGAACAUCUCAUUGCCCAGCACAGCGCAAUCAAAAUGUUACACAGCAGGGUGAGGCUGAUCUUGGAGUACGUGAAGGCUGUGGAGACUGGAGAAGUACCAUUUAACCAUGAGAUUCUGAGGGAAGCCAAUGCACUUUGUCACCGUCUGCCAGUUCUCAGUACUGAGAAAUUCAAAACAGAUUUCUAUGAUCAAUGUAAUGACGUGGGACUCAUGGCCUACCUUGGCACCAUCACCAAAAGCUGCAACACAAUGAGUCAGUUUGUGAACAAAUUCAACAUUUUGUAUGAUCGACAGGGAAUUGGUCGUCGUAUGCGGGGGCUUUUCUUUUGACAGAACUUUAAAUGGACAAAAAGAAAAAUAUCCAAAACCUACAUGAUGAUACAAGCACUUUGGGUACAUGUGCCUGUUAGAUCAUCACAGAAGACAGCAAAUGACUGUGACAGGAGCUUACUGUCUCUUGUGCUUACGCUGUGAAAUAGGCUUUUGACCUGUAGAAAGAAAACAUGUUUUUAAACCAGAAAAUCUGUCUGAGGAAGAAAAGGUUGUGUAUCAGACCCUUGAAGCUGUACAACAGAGUUUAUGCAUUGGACAUAGGACAUUUUCCUUGAGUGCAGAAAACCAGCAUUCGUAGGAUGAACGUUACUGUCUGUUUCUGGAUGAGCUCAUGAUGCUAUACAUGUCUGACUUAAUAUUUGUUUUUCUCCCACUGUUUAUAAUAAACAACAUAUCAAAUCUGA